ACAAUGCAAUAUAAUGUAAGCCUCCCUCCGAGCGCGGCGACGAAAUCUAACGCUCCUCGUUGCUCGUCCAUCUCCAAUCUCCAUGGCCGCGGGGAGUGCAGAGGACAGGAGGCGGUGAAGGCCUGGGGAACUGCGACGGAGGAGGAGGAAGAAGAAAGAAGAAGCCACUAGGAAGAUCGCCGGCUGAUCCAAUCUUUCCGGUCUGGCUUGUGGACAAAGGAGGACAGUCUCAGCGAGAGAAGAUGCAGACAACCAAACAAAGGAGCGUGUCACUGGAAAUUCCUCAAAGAACAUCACCAGUCACCCCUAAAACUCGUGCAAGCAAGAUUGGCGAUAAUGGAUCCAACUCUUCUACUUCUGCUACAUCAAUCAGGAACCCCAGUGAAAGGAGUCCUAAGGUGAUCGUGCGCCGGUCACCUAGAAGUCCAGUGACCGAGAAGAGGCAUGCUACUAGGUUGUCCGAGUUGGAUACUCAGAUCUUCCAGCUUCAAGAGGACUUGAAGAAAACAAGAGAACAGCUUAAUUCGUCUGAAACAUGUAAGAAACGGAUGCAGAAGGAAGCAGAAGAGGCCAAGAAGCAGCUUCAGGACAUGUCAGCCAAGCUAGAUAAUUCCCAAUGCCAGCUUGUUGAGUUUUCAGCAGCAGAAGAAGCUCGCCUGCAGGAAUUACGGAAAAUCUCUCAGGAGCGUGAUCGUGCAUGGCAGUCAGAGCUAGAAGCAAUCCAGAAACAACAUUCUAUUGACUCAGCGGCCUUGAGCUCUGCCAUGAAUGAGAUACAGAGGCUGAAAGUGCAGCUUGAAAUGGUUCUCAAAUCUGAGGCUGCGUAUCUGAAGCAGUCUGAAGUAGCACGCACUGAACUUCAGGAUUUGAAGCAAGACAUGGCAGAAACACUUUCAACCAUUGAAAACCUAAAGGUUCAGCUUAGAAAUAGCAAGAAGUCGGAGGUUGAGGCUCAUACAUUGGUUGAUGAGACUCGAGAGCAGCUAGAGAUGGCUAAGACCACUAUCAAGACUCUACAUUCUGAAGGGUUGAAGCUCAAGGAAUCCUUCAGCUCCGAGGCUAGAGUAAACUCGCUGGAAGAAGUGAAGAAUUUGAACACAAAUGAUCUUGGUGAGGAAGUUCACUUUGGCAAACUUUCAGAGAAAACCAGGGACAACUCGAUGGAAUCAGAAGUAAGACAACUAAGGUCUGCGCUAGAAGCUCUUGAAGUCAAGUAUCAAGCGGACCAAAUCCAAAGCACAAUGCAGAUCCGGUCUGCUUAUGAGUUAAUGGAGCGAGUGAAAAGUGAAAGUGGACUCAAAGAGGCUGCACUGGAGCUCCUGUUGAAUCAUACAAAAGCAGAGAUUACAGAACUAAGGGCUAACCUACUCAAGAAGGAAGCAGAACUUCAGCAUGUAGCAGACGAAAAAAAACUGAGAACAGACAAUGGAGAAGUUCAAAAGGCACAAAUGCAAUCUGAAUUUGAGCUGAAGCUUAUUAAGUCAACUAAUGAGAUAACAGAGUUGAAGUCAAACCUCAUGGACAAGGAGACCGAACUGCAGAAUAUUCUGGAGGAGAAUGAGAUGCUGAAAUCAGAAAUGGGAAAGAGAGAGGUGGACAAUCGAAAAAGUAACUUAACCACUAUUGCUGAGCUGGAGUUGGCAAAGGCUGCAGAACAGGAUGCACUAAUAAGGCUUGGAUAUGUUACUGAAGAAGCUGAUAAGAACAGCAGGAAGGCUGCCAGAGUAGCUGAGCAACUUGAUGCAGCUCAAGCUGUUAAUACAGAGAUGGAAUCUGAGUUGAAGAGGCUAAGGAUACAGUGCGAUCAAUGGAGGAAGGCAGCUGAAGCAGCUGCGGGGAUGCUUAGUUCCGGCCACGAAGAUGGACGCAUGGGAAGGACUGGUUCACUGGAUUCUGACUACAGUUCGAUUGCUGGGAAGUUGAUGAGCUCACCAUUUUCCGAUGACCUGGACGAAGAAUCACCAAAGAAGAAGAACACUAAUAUGCUGAGGAAGAUUGGUGGCUUGUGGAAAAAAACCCCCAAGUGAUAUUGGUUACACGGUCAUGAUGUAGAUGUUCUGCUCUCACGAAUACGGUGGCCUGCGAAAAUAAUGCUGGGGGAUGCAGCAUUACACAAAAGAUAGGUAUCACGAAAAGCCUAAUCUUUGUUUUGUCUUGCAGACUAUAGCUUUCUUGAUGAUACUCGAAGGUUAUCUGUAACUUAUAGUCUAUCUGGAAGAUGCUACUUCUGUGGUGCAGCUUCCAAUUUUGUUUUUUCGAAAGGACCAGGUUGUAUCUUGUCUUAAUCCAUCAUCUAUUCAAAAACAGGGUUCAAAACUGAUGACCUUUAAGAUUAUAGUUGGCAAUUUUAUAUGCAUUAGAUAUAA